AAAAGACCAAAGGGAAACUAAAAAGAUUCACACAGUUGGUUAAAAACCAGAUCUAAAGCAGUUACAGGGUCUUUCUCUAAUGUUUUGUCCGCUUAAUGAUAGAAAAAUAAUCUAAAAAAUCAGAAGUUAGUGGUCGUGUGAUGGACUCGUUCUUCACUGGUUUCGUUCAUUCUCUCGGAAACUUCUUUGGUUCUCCGCUUGACUUUCUCUCUGGAAAAUCUUGCAGUACGCUCUGUCCAUCACCGUGGGAUGUGUUGUGCUACGUCGAGAAUUUCUGCGUGGCUAGUCUUGCUAAAGCCGCCUUGAUCCUAAUCGUAGCCUACUUGUUUCUAUUCUUCAUCUACAUGUUAUACAAAAUUGGUUUCUGGCAUUGUAUCAUCCACGGUUUCUUCAGAUUCCUCUGGGCUUCAGUCUCUUGUUGGUUCUACAUUCUUAGCAAUUGCUGCACUUUCUUCUGCUAUGAUCUGCUACACACCAAACGCAGAAGAAGACGCAGAAACCGCAGAUAUUCAGAGGACGAAGACACUGAUGAUGGUGGGUCGUUUAGAUACCAUAGGUCGAGACGAGAAAUGAGAAAAGAAGAGCGUCUUAGAAAGUCUCUGAGACCGAGGAGCCAUCGUGUUAGAGUUGGUGUGAGGAAAGAUCAUCCUACUUUUGACUUAGGUUUGAGCCAACAUGCUGGUGGUGGACCUGGUGGUGUUGGUCCGGUUCAUGGUAUUAGAGUGAGCAGAGAGUCUCAAUUCGCACGGAAAGGUUCAGAACGAAGAGCUCGGGUUUACCAUGGUCCUCGGAGAAUCUGAAAUGAACACUGCCAGUCUCCAAAAAUACAUGAACUGUAUAUCUUAGUUUGUUGUGUAAUAAAUAUUGCUGCUGCUCUUUGCUUACAUAAAGUGUAAUGAAAACCAACUACUAUAUAUCUCUAUUUCUUGUCUGAAUUUCCAUGUUGAUAUUCUAAGAAUAGACAACGAUUGGAUUUCUCACGGAGUACCGACUAAACCAGAGCUGCAGUCACAUUACCAGAUUCCGCCAUCGAUCACACCGAUCAUUAUAUUGCUCUCGAUCUUAGGGACAUGUCUGAAAAUUUGAAAUUGUCACCAAUUCCCAUAAACUCCCAAGAUCUUGUUGUUUUGAAGCUGCAUGAGACUGUUUGGGAAAACAUAAACUACUCCUUCCCUACCUAAAGAUCACACACAUAAUCAUAAGAUUUUAAUCGUUAAUUAAUUUGAUAGGAUAAUUUAUAAACUCACCAAUAAACUUCUUCCAUAGCUUCUUACCAAACAAUCUCUUACAGAACUUCAUGACAAAACGAAAGUCUAGUGAGAGAAUUAUACCGCAAAUUUGUUUGUUAAAUGUUUAUACCACAGAAUUAAGAAGAAGAAAAAAUAACAUAAUGAAUACUAGGGUAAGGAUAUAUAUUUAACCCUUGACUCCAGUACUUCUCCAAGGAUAUUUUGUUGGUGAGACAUAGGAACAUAAGCAAUCUUUGAAGGAAGAGGUCCCAUGUAAGCAAUCCACUAAAGACAUAGGAACUGUAUGAUUAUAUCACAAACUGUUUUUGCAAUUCCGGACGAUUUUUUUUGCCAUCACUAAAUGACAGUACUUGAUGUAUUCUAAAAGAGAUAUAAUUUUUCUCAGCUGGUAAUCUCAGUUAUGUUUUAAUCAAAUCUCUUUGAGAAACGCUUCUCUCUCUACCUCUUUUUUUAUAUGUUCCAACUCUAAAAACUCAGAACCUUAGAGCAUGAUUAUCGGGAUUCCUUAGCUGGAAUUUCUGGGGUAAUUAUAAUUAAAAAUAAAUCAAAAUUAGCUAUUAUUGGAAUAAACGUUCCAUAAUUAAGGACAAUAAAAAACGUCUCUUGAGAUAUGUGUCACAUGUUAAAAGUUUUCCAUUCUCUCCCUUUCUCUGCCUCUCGCCGGCGUCAAUGCUUCGAUUCUCUUCUUCCUCUUGACUUCCGUCUUCUCUUUUGGCUGCAAGAGAAACGAAAACAAAAAGGGUCAACAAGGAUUUCUGAAGUCUCCAGAAACAUCUAUCCUCUUCAUUCUCAUGGACCCAGUUUUCACAACGCCUCCGUCAAAACGGUGGUUAGAGAAUGGGUUGACAGUGAACCCUUUUCUGGUCGAGGCUUUGCAGAACCCUUGCCAUCGUCUAACGAAUUAGGAAGAUUUCCGGUUGUGAAGACAGCAGUACCCGUACACAGAAGAUUUGAACACAUUGUACUUUCUUGUAACGAACAUCUGACCACACCAUCAUUUGGAUCGAACGAGAAGCUCAGCGAGCUCUCAACCUAAUGUUGGAGAAAGAGAAGAGAAUGGAGAUACAAGAGAAGUAGAGGAUGGAGAGACGAGAAUCAGUAGGAAGAGUCUCAUCAAUAAUGUGCACAUUUGCUAUUGUCUCUUAACAAUGUCUCUUACUCUAAAAAUAAUAAUAAAAAAAGCUAAGAACUCAAAAUUUUGUCCCAACAAUAAUGAUGCUCUUAGAUCUAGAUUUAUUGCGUCUACGUGGCCGGCCUCUUCUACGUCUCUGGCCGCCCCUCCCCUUUUUCUUCUCUUCUUCUCCGACUCUCCUCAAUCUCUUCCCUCUGUGUUUCUUUUCUCGCAGCUCUAAACUCCUUCGCUACUGCGGUUUUAGAUCUGGCAACCUCGAAGUUUCGGUGAAGCUUGGAGGCAGUUUCGGCGAGUGGUUUCUUUGGUUGAGUAGGGUAGCGGUGGUCUAGAUUUGGUGUCAAAUAUGGCAGUUCGAAGUGGGUUGUUCCAUUUCUCACCGCCUUGCUCAUCCUUCUCGUGGUGGGAUGGAUGCUGGGUCUUGUUUGACGGUGGAGGUUCGGUAUUCUUCCACUCGUUUUUCUUAGAUCCCGGCGGACGGUCAGUAAAGCUUUCGAAAGGUCUCUGGGGAUGCUUUGGUCCCAAGCUAGGAGGUUCCGCUACGGGUUCUCCAUGGUGGGUGCGAGAGAGGCGGUUUGUUUCUGGUCUUGUCAACCGUCACUCUUCCGUCUCGGUGGCAUCUCGCACUAAGCCAGUUAGCUUUCAGGGGUAGGGUUGUCUCUUGUCCACUUCUCUGAUGUGGUGUUGGCUUGUCUCUUGGUGUUGGUCUAUGCCGUGUGACGAUUUCGGGUGGUCCUUCUCUCCAAAUAAAGCUCGUCUAUGUCUACGUGGGUGAGCUUGCUCGGGUGUUGCUCGUUGUCCUUGGCUGCUGCUGAUAAGGAAAUCUCUCUCGAGGUAUUAUUGAGGAGCUAAUUAUUAAGAACUGAUCACCUAGUACCGCCGAAUCUACCGAAUUCCGUUCUCGAAUUAAAAGUGGUUCCAAUUUUGUGCCAAGAGUUUCUGCUGAGUUUGGCGUAGCCUUGGUCUUGCUAUUGAUUUGCUUAUAGUUGGGUUGGUGUUUAGCUCAAAUUGAGUUGGUGUUUAGCUAUGUUUAUUGUAUCCCCUGUAUUUUUCUAUUUAAAAUUUGAAAAUGGUAAUAAAACUUUAACAUUGUUACUAAAAAAAAUUAUUUCAGCUGAUAUGCUGUCAUAUCAACUCUUGCAUUGCUUUUUUUUUUUUAAUUCAACUUGAAUCGUUUAAUCGUUUAUAAAAUGAAUUAGUGAUUUUUUCACAAAGUCAAUUAAAAUUAGUAAUGAUUAUUUUUGUUGAACAUUAACUACGACGUGUUUGUACUCAUUUAACCAUGCAUAAAUAAUUAUAUUUUUUUUUUUUUGAAAAUUAUAUGGAUAGACAUAUAUAGUUACGUAAAGAGAUAUUUUAAUUUGAUUUACAUGUAUAAUCAGUUAACAAAACAUUCAUAAUAAUUAAAUAAACAUAAUAUAUGACAUGUGAAUAUGAGAGAAUACAAAUGUGACCAUGAAUGUAUAAGAAUUAUAUUAAUAUUUACACAUAUAUAAUAUAUU